AUGGCUGCUGCAACCUGUCACAACUAUACCCUGGCCAUGCAGGAAUACAUGGACCUCCAAGUCGAGCGCGACGAGCUCUGCAACCACCUCGACCAGAUUCGCCCGGCUCUGAGCAUCAACACCGGCUACGGCUCGGUGAGCUCGCCCUCGGCGUCUCCUACUAGGUACUCGGCUUCUGUCUCCUCGUCGGGCUCCUCCCGCCGUCAUUCCCGCAGUGGCGAGCGCCGACAUCACAGAGUGCAUGCUCGCUGCAGUGGCUGGGACGAAACUAUCGAGACCUUGGACACCAUUCCAGACGAAGAGACUCUCUUCGAGAUCACCGCCGAGGAGAGGCGCCUCUUCGCCUUGAACGAGAGCAUCAAGCGCGCAUUGACUGAGCUCCUCAACUGCGAGUCUGUCCGCUGCGACAGGUCAAUGCGCCUCUGGGUGCAAUCCCGUCUCAUGGAGACUGAGAAGGAACUGCGCUCCGGUCGUCGCCGACGCAGCUCAGGAACGGAGUGA